AUGGAUGAGUCUUCCAGGAUGGCUGCUCGACGUAAUGUUCGAAGUCUUGGGGGCUUGAAUGCAGGAAAUGAAAAGGACGGAUGCACCAUAGAGCAACGGAAAGUAUUAUACUCUACCUUCAAGCUAACCGGUGAGGCUAAACAAUGGUGGAUAUCAAAGAGAACCAUCAGGGAAGCUGAUGGGAGGGGAGUGGUUAGCUGGCUCCACUUCAAGCAGAUUUUCUUUGAUCGUUUCUUCCCAAGAUCGAUUAGAGACGCUAGGGCCAAGGACUUUGCUGACUUAGUGCAGGGUCCUAUGACGGUGCACCAGUAUGCGGCCAUAUAUAUUGAACUAUCACGCUUUGCCUUAUAUCUUAUACCUGAUGAGGAGAAGAAGACCCGAAAAUUUGAGGAGGGACUGAAUAACAAUAUUUAUGAGCGAGUGGUUACCUUUCAGAUCCAUAACUUCUCAGAAUUAGUAGAUAAGGCCACAAUAGUCGAGCGAGGCCUCAAGAGGAGUGUUGAACUUCAAGAGCAGAGGAAGGGGCCGACGCCGUUGGGGUUUCCCUCGAACGAGAAUCAAGGACCAUGGAAGAGGAUGAAGCUAGUGAACAAACCAAGCCAGAGACAGCUGCAGGACAACCAACGGAAUAACUCCUGCAAGUCAUGCAACGUAGUACACUUUAGGGAUUGCAGAAGGAGAACUGGACGGUGUUUUCGAUGUGGGAAGCACAACCACCUCGUCAGAGAUUGUCCAAAGCAACCAGAUGGGAGUAUGAACCCCAAACCGCCUCAGAGGACUGAUUUCACAGAACGAGGCAGGAAUCAACACAAAGCAGUGUAG